GCUGUCUAACAUAGGACACUGUGUAACUAGACAUUGUGUAACUGAACAUUGUGUAACAUAGGACACUGUGUAACUGAACAUUGUGUAAUAUAGAACACUGUAACAUAAAGUAUUCUGUGCAAUAUUCUUGCAAUGAACUCCACCCAUGGCGGCAAAAAAGCCGCGAACGCCUCUCUCCCGCCUUUAUCCUUGCCGAUGUCGCGGCACGGGCAUGGCUGUGCCUCCCAUCGACAAAAGCUCAGCUUGCCUGAUUACAAACUCCUCGCGAUCCCGCGGACGAAUAACUUUUACGCGACGGUCGGGGGCUGCCCCUGCAUCCCGCGUGCGCGCGCCCACCCCGGCAGCUGGCGAUUACGCUCGGCGCAGCGGCAAUCAGCCUGCGGGGACGGGUACGGGUGGAAGCCCGGGCCACACACCGUCCACGCUUCAAACACUGCCGCGCAUGGGAAGUGCGAUACCUUCGGCAAUCUAGCCUUUAAAUCAUCCCGCCUCGCACGGCUCGCCGGCAAGAACGACAACACACGAGACCUCAGCGGCGUCUCACCGCAGAAGCUGGAGGAUUUGGAGACCCUGGUGCUCGAGGAGCACAACGCGCGAGUCUUGGUCGAGAGCGAUAUUGAACAGCUCCGUUCGAUUCGAGACUCAGGCACACAAAAGGAAUACGUGCAGAAGAUCAAGGAUGAGGAGCGGCGUCGGCGCCAGACGGAGGCCACAGAAAAGCAACUGAAUGAACUACUGAAUGAUAUUCGCGGAAUUGUGUCGAAGCCUCUUCACCAAACAAAUAUGGAUAUCCUCCGCCGUAUUAUUGCACGACAUGAGUUGACGCAAGAAAAUCGAAAUUACAUCACAUCGCGAAGCUGAAAACUCUUUUAGUGUAAAUAUUCUUAGUUCUGAACGUCUACGUCAAUAUAUUUCCUUUUUCUUCGCCAUUCUUCUUUAGAUUUGAACGCUAAUGAUUCCUUUAUUUUGCUUUGGGUUUCAAAAAUGUAGUGUUAACUAUGUAUACAAAAUUUUCAAAUCAACAUUUGUCAUGUCAAUCAUUUAAUUUUGUAUUUUUACUUCUUGUAUGCACACAUAAACGUAUGACUAUCUGUUUAUCUAUCUUUGUAUGAUUACAAUAAUGAUUCAACGUGUUAUAUGGUGCUCAUGUAUUUAGUAUGUUUAUUUAUCGGGACAUCGCUAAAUUAUUAGAAAUCUUGCGCCAGUUGGCUAAUGAACUCCCUCUCCCCUCUCCUUACGAAAUGGCAAGCACAGA